AUGGCGGCGCCAGCGGCGGUAGUGCCGGCGCAGCAGGCGGCCGACGUGGACUACCUUAUAACGAACGUGCUUAUGCCGGUGGACGCCGACGAAGACGGAAAUCCCAUGAACGGUUACGCGCGGUUCACUGUGCGCAUGUCUCGCGGAGUGAUCGAGUCGGUGGUCCGCACAUCCCCCAUCACACCCCACGCCGUCACUCACGCCGCUGCCGCUGCUGCCGCUGAUGGCGCUGGUGGUGCUGCUGAUAGUACUGUUUGUGAUGCUGCUCCUGGUGCCGAGGCUGGUGACGCAGCUUCAGCGGGUGGCAGGGCUGUACACGUUAUAGACGGAACCAAUAAGAUGCUGCUGCCAGGGAUGGUCAACGCACACACGCACAGCAUAGAGGCAUGGGGCAGAGGAGGGAGCGUGCCUCUGCCUCUGGAGCUGUGGGUAACUUCGCUUUUUACCCACAUGGACCCCCGAGGUCCCAACCCCUCGGUUUCUCCGGAUGUGGUGUAUUGGGCAGCAGUACACACGGCAAUAGAGACCGUCAUGACUGGCGGCACAGCCGUGAUGGAUCACCUGUACAUCCGGGAUCUAUCAGACCUCGAGGCAGCAGUGCGGGCAUACAAGCACGUUGGCAUUCGAGCCUUCAUUGCCCCUAUGCUGGGCGAUUUAGACGUCUCAAACUACUUCCCCUUGGUGCCGGACGCCUGCGAGCGCAACGAGAGGGCGAGGCAGGACGGGGUGUGCCCGGGCGCCAUGGGUACUGACGGUUAUUUCAGGGAGCAACUGGCUGAGCGGCAGGAGGCCAACACCGAGAGGGUCCUUUCCCUCUGGAGGGAAGCUGUGCAGAAGUUUCACGACCCAGAGGGCGGCAUCAACAUUGUGAUUGGUCCCGUGCAGAACUGGGGUGCUUCUGACGAGCUGAUCCGGAGGGCAGUGGACAUCCGAAAGGAGUUUGGGCUGUGCGGUCACAUCCACUUGCUGGAAUCACGGAUGCAAAAGCUGCAGAGCCGAUCGCGUUACCCGGACGGCGGGUGUGUGAAGCUUCUGAAAGACAUCGGAUGGCUGUCCCUCCCUGGGACCUCCUGUGCGCACUGCGUGUGGCUGGAGGACGAGGAGCAAGCAAUCAUGGCGGAGUGUGGCGCAGUGGCCGUGCACAACCCCGUCUCCAACCUUCGCCUCGGCUCGGGCGUUGCUCCCAUAAGAGCGUACCUCGAUAAGGGCAUAACCGUGGCUAUCGGGUGCGACGGGCAGUGCUCCAACGACUCUCAGGACAUGCUUGAAGCCGUGAAGAUGGCGUGCAUUGUCAACCCUCUCACAACCCCUGAGUAUCGCCACUGGUUGUCCCCGAGGGAGGUGCUCAGAAUGGCAGCAGAGGGAGGGGCGGCCGCAGUGGGCAUGAGAGGGCGGGCGGGUCAAAUCAAGCCUGGCUACGUGGCGGAUGCUGUGUUGGUGGAUCUGACUGCCCUCUCCAUGCUGCCUCGAGCCGACCCUGUGGGGCAAUUGGUGCUCACCAGACAAAGUUCUGGCAUUGCAGGCAACACGGUGCAUUCAGUGUGGGUCAAUGGGCGGCUUUUGCUCUCAGAUGGAGUCCCUACAACAGUUGAGUUGCCUUCGCUUCGCGGAGCUUUAAUCGAGCAGCAGCCUCAAUACAUGGAUCCACAAAUCACAGAUGUGAAAGGGAAACCCAUUGAG